AUGGCACCACCAUCACAACCAGCUCCCUCUCCACCCAUCACCACCAUACAACCACCACCACCAAUUCCCUCUAUACCCACCACCAUCAUACAACCACCACCACCAACACCAAUUCCCUCUCUACCCACCACCAUCACACCACCACUUCCCCCUCUACCCACCACCAGCACACUACCACUUCCCCCUCUACCCACCAUAGCAUCACCACCAUGUCCUCGGCCUACAAUCUCAUCAACAUCACCAGUCCCUUUGCCCACAACCGCACCAAGCACCAACCUCUCCACCCAACACCACAUCACCACCACCACCGCCACCACCUCCCCCACCCACCACCACAUCACCACCACCGCCUCCGCCACCACCGGAGGCAUCCUCUCCGCCGCCGAUCUAUCAGGCUUCCCACUCGCGGCCACCCUCUUCAUCCCCAGCAACGACGCAAUCUCCCACUUCCCCACCGCCACCCUAAACUUCGACCCAUUCAUCAUCCUCUACCACAUUGCCCCCCAACGCCUCUCUUUCUCUGACCUCCGACGAUUCAAGACCCAUACUCGCCCCCCAACUCUAUUGCCCUCCAAGACCAUUCUCAUCACCAACAAUUCUCCCUUCAACUUCACCAUCAACGACUCUCCCAUCAGCCACCCCGACCUCUACGCCACCACCGUCUCCGUCCACGGCAUCAAAACCAUCCUCGAUUACUCUGCCUACAGCGGCGACGGCCUUUUUGUACCGGAAGAGGACCCAAGUAUGCCGAUGCCCACGCCACCCCAAGCAACGGCGCCGCCAUUUUUUCAGGCAGGAGAAAUUAUGGGUCGCCGGAGAUCGGAUGCCGCAUGCCUGUGCACUGAGUUUCCGAUUGUUUUAUCGGUUGUUUGUGCGGCCUUGGCCUUCAAGAUCCACAGAAACCCUCUGACUCGUUGAUGGGCCUGUUAAUCGAUUGUUAACAGAUGAGUCUCACAUCAAUCUGUACAUGGGUUUUAGCUUGAUGGGUCAGUGUUAAUCAUCUCUGUUAAUUCUUGUUUGCUCACAGACUCUACCCUCUCUGUUUUUUCAUGUUAAUUCUUGAGAAUGAAAAUUUUGGAUUCUUGUUACUUACAAUAGAUUCAAAAGGCAA